AUGAGCUGCAACACCUCAAGCAGCGACCAGGACAGUCGCGAUCCCGGUUCUUCUUCCACCGGCCUAUCAGCUGUAGACGGAGACGCCACCAGCUUGUUCGAGUACAUCAUCCGCGACAAGGUCUGGGGUGCUAAUCUCGACCCACCCGAGUCCGCAAAGAAUGUCAUCAAGCCAUGGCACGAGCGUCUCUCUGCCGACCCCUCCACGCAGUCCAACGUCGACGACCAGCUUGCCAUCACCGUUCCUUUCACUUGCCCAGUGAGGCUCAAAUCGAUCCUCAUCAACACCGGUACUGGCGACUUUGCUCCUACACGCUGCCGCGCAUUCGUCAAUCGCCCGGAUGGCGUCGACUUUGACGAUGUAGAGCAAGCUACAGCUGAUGACCAUCCCGCCAACCUUUCGCCUCUCGCCAGCGCUGCUACCCUCGGCAACGUGGGUAGUGGUAAAGCGCAGGCUGACUUCGCGCUGCUUCGAGGUCAGGAAGGGGUCGUCGAAUACCCGGUCAGCGUCGCACGCUUCUCCCACACCAACAGCAUCACCAUCGUCCUGUCACAUUCCAACGCUACCACCCUCUCGAAAUUCUUCUAUCUCGGCUUCAGAGGUACAGCGCUCGUACUGAAGAGCGAACCCGGCGAGAGGCUCAACAUCGGUGCCGCCAACUCCGCGGAUCGUCCCGUCGAUGGCUUGAAAGAGAAGCGUGGCGCCAGCCAGGGUCUCGCAGGUGGAAGCGGCAGAAGAAAUUCUUCUCCCCGAUACGUUGUUGGCGACCAGCAAGUCGCGCAACGGAUCGCUCAGAUUGCAGAGGAUGCCAACACAACACCGCGACGCUCGCCAAGGAGAAGCAGAGUUUCGACGCCAGGCGGCACAGCUCCCGACACUGAGUCACCAACAACAACACCGACACGCAAACGCAAGGCAAGAGCGUCACAGGCUGGCGAAGGCGAUGACGAUACCGAAACAACACCUCGGCCUAGCCGCAGUCCAGCAAAGACGCGAGCACCAAACACAGCUCCGGCUGUUCGCAACCGGCCUUCCAUGGCUGGCGCGUCACCAUCAGCAGCAGCGUCUUCAUUACGCGGCAGGGAUGCAUCUCAAGCGCAGACGGCCAGCUCAAGCGAUCCGACUCGUCGCAGGUCUCUCUCGCAGCCUCCACCAAAUGAUGUGCUGCUUCGCCAGUUGCAGUCCAGCUCUAUGACGCCGUCCGCCAAGUACGCGGCAGCUCAAAAGCAAGCACGAACGCCCUCACAGACUGCGGCCCUCACGACCACGCCUGGACGACGUGCUCUCGGCACACCAAGACGCACUGUCCCUAGCUCCGCUUCAGCUGCAACCAACCCAUUCACUGGUGCGGCGUCCUCAUCUCAGCAAGGCAUGCAGACGCCCGCCACGGACAAGCGACGCAAACGCAACGAUGCGCUCUUGGCCAGCGCACAACGCACCCGCGAACGGCGAUCUGCAUCUCGCAAGAGUCUGCUGUGGGGUGGUGUCGGCGGAUGGGCUGGUGGACGCGAAGAAUCGCCCAUGGACCUUUUGCGACGUCUUGCUCGCGCGCCUGACUUCGUUGCGCCACCGACCCCUUCAGAAGACUCGAUCGCCAUGCCUCCUCCUGGUGUCCGUCCUGGCCGAACCAGCACCGCUAGCACGGCAGACGCCUCCAGCUCUCGGACACGAGCCCGAGACAGCGCUGCCAGUAGCUCUCAUCGCUCCAACGUGCUCAUGCCAGGUGUCUCUGUUCCUGGUGACCUUACUCGCGACAGCAACGUCAGCGAGUCGCUCGACGUCGACGAAUCGCUCAUGAGCCCAGAUGACCGAUCUCGCUCACGCCUCUCAGACAUGGGCAUCCCACGACGAGCGUCGGGUGUUGGACUGGUCCGCGGCGGCAUCUUCGCUGGCAUGGCGGAUCGACCCAAGACAUCGCGCAUCUCGACCGGCUCACGUGUCUCGUUCGCCGAGCAACCUUCGCCCGCGUCGAUGCGCUUCGACGACAUGUCCAGCCGAAGGGAAGACGAGCUAGAGCACAGUCUCCAGCAGCGUGGUGGAGCGGAAAGCUUCAUCUCUGCAUCCGGUAUCGAUGCUGCUACGGCUCGAGCCAUUCGAAGGCUCGACGACCUGACUCGACAGAGCUUCUUCAGCGAAGACGGACAGCUGCAGUACGACGAUGAGGACGACGAAGACGAGGAGGAGGACGCAGCGAUUCUGGAGGCAAGGAGGAGAAAAAGUAUGGGCAGGUCGAUGUCAGAACCGCUCGAGGGCGAAGCCGAUGGCUCGAUCUUGUUCCUUGGCGGAGACGACGACAUGUCACAGAUCCACGGCGACGAAGAGGACCAGGUGUCCGACAGUCUUGCCGUCGAUGCUGCCGACGAUGACUCUGACGGUCUUGCUCGACGACUCGCUGCCGACGACUCCGCCUCGCGCGAUCUCAGCAUCCAACGCGACACCUCGAUCACCGGCGGCGAAGGCGACGACAGCCGCAUCUCGCGCGUCUCCUUCGCCGAACAAGAAGACGUCUCGUUCCAAGUGGACGACGCCUACUCUUCGGACGACGGUGCGGUCGAAUACGGUCUAUCCGUACCCGAUCUCGAGGAGGACGACGAUUCGGAUGCCGAAAACCGCGAUGCGCGUCUGGACCUUCUCGACCCGAAAGACAUCAAUGCGCUCCUCAAACGGCGUAUCGUCAAGAAGCGCAAAUUGCGUGUCUCCCCGCACACCGGUGAAUCCGUUCCUCCUCUCCCCGCGUCCGUCAUGCGAGACAUCUUCUCGUCCUUCCUUACCCCCUCUUCCUCGGGCACCUCCUCCUCGCUCCUCUCCUCGUCCGGCAGUUCAACGAAGAAAGCCAAGCUGGACAGCACCGUGUUGGACGAGCUCGAUUCGGCGUGUCACGACUUUUUCGCCGACUUUGCGGCCAACCUGUUGACGCAGGCCAAGACGCGUUCGUCGCGGCGGGCGGCGGAGGGGGUUAACAUUACGGAGCAGGACGUGGUGGCGGUACUCAAGCGGCAGGGGCGCGUGACGCAGAGGCACGACGCCAGCAGUUUGGCCCACAAGUUGCUGCCAAGGGAGUUGACGGACCAGAUGGAGUUGAGUCGGUGGGCUAAGGCGGGGACCGUGCAGACGACGUUGAGUGGCAUGUUUGCGGGAAGGGCACAGCAGGCAGAGCAAGAGGCCAGCAGCUUUGAGACCGAGUCGAGCGAGUCGAGGUGA